GGGGCGUCAAAAUCGGUCGCGCCGCCGCAACCGCCGACCGCCGACGUCGAUGCGGUGCUGUCAUUCCUGACGCCGCCGCAGCGCCAACGGUUCGUCGACAACGAAGUGACGCUCGAAUGCCUCGCUCUCUUAAACGAAGAAGAUCUUGACGAUCUCUUGGAGGGCGACGCCGAGGCCAAGGCGAGCUUCCGGCUGCGCUACCCGCCUCCCGCGACCGACGAAGCGCGCGCGCCGGUACGCUUCGACGUAUCCGACGAAGCAUCUCCGCCGCCCGCGCCGCCGCCCGCGCCGCCCACGCCCCUGCCGCCGGAGGCGCCGCUCCCGACAAAAAUCCCGGAGCGGCCGCUCCUGCGCGUGGUCGUCGACGCCAACAUUAUAUUGGACGCCGGAGACCUCAGCCCGGCGUACUUGUUGCAGGACUGCGGUGCGGUGAGGAUCAUCCUGCCCCUGCGUGUGGCCAAGGAGCUGGACGGCCUAAAGGGCUCCUCUGAUGACGACGUCGCGCGGCGUGCGCGGCGGGCGAACGCGUUCUUCAGCGAC